AGCAAAACAAACUACAGUUACGCUGUCCAAUUAAAAGAAAAAUACAGAUAAUUGUAGCAAUAGAUCUUAUAUUCUGCUCGAAAAUUAUGAGAAAAAAUAACGUUUAUGGACACCGUAAAUUAAAUAUAUCGGAUUAAUUUUAAAGUGUUGACCCCGAUACGGGGUCAAUUUAGUUCAAAGAAAUGUGGAACUUUUUGCUCGCUUAAAAGUGAUGUGUAUAUGCACACACUGUUCUAUGCAUGUGAAGCAACCAGGGCUCUGCGCAUUCUAUUUGCCUGUAGAUGUGGGCACACUAGCAUACGAAACACCGUAGCAAAACAAACUAUAAUCGGCUGCCAAGCUGACAAAACGAAAACAUAAAAAGUAUUAAAUGCAUAAUUCUCAUACGAAUAGCGGCAUUAAAAGGCAGCUCCGCUAUCGUGGGGAUGUCAGCGGUAGUGUCAGUCACAUUGAGGUACUGCAGAACGAAGAAACCCACAAACUACCAAAGGUCAAAUCGCCAACAAUUGUGGAUGACGUUGGCGUUGCUGCAGCAGCUUCACAUCAACGCGUUUAUAACGCCGGCUCAGAGAGCAGCACAUUUUACGACUUCUUUAAAGUGGAAAUGACACGCGGCUACAUGCUGGAGCAUGAUGAAGAGAGGUAUUCUGCACGCCGGCAAAAAAUCUAUAGCUUUAUGCGCAUACCAAGAGAUCUGGAGCGUUUUAUGGUUUAUGGGAUUAUGCAGUGUGCUGAUUCCUUUCUCUAUAUACACACAUUUCUGCCGGUCAGAUUUUUGCUAGCCGUUUGGUCCCUGCUGACACGGACUGUUGCACGAAUAUUUCGACUGCGAAGCGGUAGUCAGCGACUGUUGUCUCCUGCUGAGAUAUGUGAUUUACUCAAGGGCGCCAUUUGGAUAACGGUGACAAUGAUAAUGCUGCUCGUGGACACGAAUCGCGUCUAUCACAUUAUCAAAUCGCAGUCGAUAAUCAAACUAUAUAUAUUUUACAAUAUGCUCGAGGUGGGCGAUCGUUUGCUUUCCGCCUUUGGACAGGAUACGAUUGAUGCGCUUUUCUGGACGGCUACCGAGCCAAAGAACUCGAAACGUGAACAUUUUGGCGUAGUAACGCACAUUCUAUUUACGCUUAUUUACGUGUUCUUGCACAGUGGCCUCAUCAUGUUUCAGGCCACCUGUCUAAAUGUAGCCGUAAACUCGAACAAUAAGGGUCUGCUCACAAUUAUGAUCUCGAAUAAUUUUGUGGAGCUUAAAGGUUCGGUGUUUAAAAAGUUCGAUAAGAACAACCUGUUUCAGUUGACCUGCAGCGACGUACGCGAAAGGUUCCAUUUAAGUGUGCUGCUAUUUAUUGUGAUGAUACAGACGAUGAAGGAAUUCGACUGGAGCAUAACGCAGUUCUGUGUCAUGUUGCCCGAUUGCUUUGCUGUGUUGUUUACCGAAAUACUUAUCGAUUGGGUGAAGCAUGCGUUUAUCACUCGUUUCAACGAGCUGCCCGAAAGUAUUUAUCGGGAAUACACGACGAGCUUGGCUUAUGAUAUGACUCAGACGCGUCAGAAGCACGCCUUUUCGGAUCACUCAGACCUGGUGGCACGGCGCAUGGGUUUCAUACCAUUCCCGCUUGCAGUGGUACUCAUUAAAGCCAUCUAUACGGCGGUGUCCUUCCACAAUAUAGCAGCCUGGCUGCUCUUUCUACUCGCCUACUUAUUUGCUUUAGGUCUACGCAUUUGCUUGACUAUCUGUGCUCUGGGGAAGGCGUGCAAGCUGAUGAAGGAGCAUCAGACGGAAAGGAACACUUCUACGCCCAGCAGCAUGACCAAUGUACCCGUCAUUGGAGCAACAGCUGCUGCAUUUGCCACCUCAAAUGUGCAAUUACUUAACAACAAUAAUAAUAUUAAUAGCAGCUGCAACAGCGGAUCUUCCUUCAAGCCAACAAGUAUGGCUACUUUGUCUUUAGAUCCAGGUCUGAAUUUCUCGCGUGCCACCUCGACGUCGACACCGAAGAAGGCAACCAGCGAACAAGAGCUGGAUGUGACCAAUUCACUGGAACUAGGAGCUACUGCGUUGUUCUCCAAUAGCGACGUCGAUCUGGAUGAUGUAUGCCUCAAUGAGCAGGUGACGAAUGUAAAUUCUAAUGCUAAUAAUCAGGAAGUUUAUCUGGAUGAGGAGUUGGCACGAAGUGAGCCGGAUUUAAUGCAGCUUAGCGAUGCUGUUGGGGCUGUGGCCAGUGUCAGUGCCCACCUUGACCGUGCCAAGGGAUUGCCGAAGCGCACUCACAAGCGUUCCGAAUCGGAGCCUUUUAUGGGUAUGCCGUGUCUCAACGAGAAGCUAACUGGUCCAAUGUCUGGCAGCAAUGCAACGUAGCUUAUUCUGAUUAAUUAAUUUAAUUUUUAUUUUGCGUGUGUCUGUAAAUCGGGAUUGGAAAUGUUUGUAUGAUUGAGUAAAAUGAAUUUAUAUAUAUUAUCAGUUAAGCAGAGUAAGCUGACGAUGUUUAA